AUGUUGAAAAAGGUAUUACUGCUGUGUGUAUCAGUUUUUUGCUCUGCUCAGUAUUAUGGACCAAAGUAUGAAAGGCCGAAAUACUCAAGCAGUUAUGCUGCAUCAUAUGAAGAAAAGCCAAGACCUUACAAUUUUGGCUAUGAUGUAAAAGGUGAUUAUGGAUCUGCAAUACAUCACAAAGAAGAAAGUGACUCUUAUGGAUACAAAAAAGGAACUUAUGGUUACACAGAUGGGUACGGAAUAUAUCGCCAAGUUGAUUACACAGCUGAUGAUAAAGGUUUCCGAGCUAUUGUUAAGACCAAUGAACCUGGUACAGCUAAUGAAAAUCCUGCAGACGUACGAAUUUAUUCUGAAGCGAAACCGGUAAAAUAUUCUAACCCUUCGACUUACGACAAAACAGAAAAUAUAAAUCCUACCUAUAAAAAGACAGAAACAGUUGGACAGUAUUAUAGACGGGAUAGUUUAUCUGCCAGUCCAUAUAAUAGAGCAUAUUCUGGUCAAUCCAAUCAGGAAUCUAGACCUUAUUCAGGGAAAACAAAACAAGAUCAUUUAUCAGUAUCAGAUCCUGGGAAAAAAUUCUAUGGAAGUGCUUUAGCGCAUCCAAGCCCUAAAUCUGAUUCACAAACAGCAUACAAAAGCCAAAAUUAUCAUCAAGCCUACACACCGUCACCUAUAAAGCCAACUACUUACAGCGAUGCUUAUUCAAAAGCACACACAUAUUCACAGCCUAAAAUUCCGGGAUAUGGGGAGUCCAGCGUAUAUUCAGCACAUAAAAGAUCGUACUCUAAACCAUCAGAGUUAGAAAGUUCGUAUCCAAAAUCUACAGUUGACAAUUCAAAAUACCAUCAACCUUCCAAAUUAGAUGCUGCAUCAAAAGAGGAGCAAAAUCCAUACAAAUCAUAUCCGGUUUAUCAUAAUCGACAAACUUACAAUGCACCACAACCGAAAUCUUCAGAUCAAGGGGGAGCGUAUCCUAAAAUUUCAGCCUAUCAAAUCCCCGAAUCGCAUACGAAAAAUUCACAAUAUGAUAUCACCUAUCCAAAAGCUCCAGUUUAUCCUCAAAACCCAACCUAUGAUGCUCCCAUCUCAAAAGUUUCCUCUAAGGGUCAUACUUAUUCGGAAACAUAUCAUUCGAAGAACUCAAAAAGUCCUCAAGCUCAAUAUGGAUUCCAGAAGCCUGAAUUCGGUAAAAUCAACGAAAAUAGUAGACAUGCUGGGGUUCCUUGCCCACAACAUUCCAAUUAUGAUCCUAAUGCAGCAUCUGUUCAAUAUCAAACAAAUUCAUAUAUUAAACAAGAUACUCGCGCAUCUUACAGAUCUUCUGAAGCAUCACAGUCACGUCCAACUUAUGAGUCAAAGUUGGAAUACAAACCAAUGAUCCAAGUCCCGAUGUACAAACCAGAACACUCUUCCCCUCCACGCGAUCAAAAUAAGGCAAUUUAUUGUCAGAACUGUGCACCGUAUUGAGUUUAAACUA